GCAUCUGUGUUCCAAAAAAAGGCUUGUGAUCAAGAGCUAGUUUGAUUUUUAAAAAAAGUCAGAGAAGAGUUUCACAAAGUCACCAUGGUCGAGUGGACAGAUGCCGAGCGCUCCGCCAUCACCUCCCUGUGGGGAAAGAUCGAUGUGGGUGAAAUUGGACCCCAGGCGCUGACCAGGCUUCUGAUUGUAUAUCCGUGGACUCAGAGACACUUCAAAUCCUUCGGCAACCUGUCCACCAACGCCGCCAUCCUCGGAAACACUGAGGUGAUGAAGCACGGUAAGGUGGUGAUGGGUGGGCUGGAGAAUGCUGUGAAGAGCAUGGACAACAUCAAGAAGGCUUACUCCACCCUGAGCACGAUGCACUCUGACAAGCUCCAUGUGGAUCCGGACAACUUCAGGCUUCUUGCUAAUAUCAUCAGUAUUUGUGUGGCCGCCAAGUUUGGCCCCUCCGUCUUCACCGCUGAUGUCCAGGAGGCCUGGCAGAAGUUCCUGGCCGUGGUCGUCUCUGCCCUGGGCAAACAGUACCACUGAGGGUCUGGAGACGCACUUCAAAUUCAAAUAAUGAGCAGCAAUCCUAAAAAUGUUUCCGAAAUGUCUCACGUACUGCAGUGAAAGUGUUGCCAAAUGCACCAAAUAAAACACAAAUAAUUAAA